GGAGAAGUAAACGAACAGUCGGAGAAGUAAACGAACAGUCAGAGAGGUUAACAAAUAGUCAACGAGGUAAAUGAACAGUUGGAGAAGUAAAUGAACAGUCGGAGAAGUAAACAAACAGUCAGAGAGGUUAACAAACAGUCAACGAGGUAAAUGAACAGUCGGAGAAGUAAACGAACAGUCGGAGAAGUAAACGAACAGUCGGAGAAGUAAACGAACAGUCGGAGAAGUAAACGAACAGUCAGAGAGGUUAACAAAUAGUCAACGAGGUAAAUGAACAGUUGGAGAAGUAAACGAACAGUCGGAGAAGUAAACAAACAGUCAGAGAAGUUAGCAAACAGUCGGAGAGGUAAACGAACAGUCGGAGCAUCUGCCUGUUAACCUGUCUGUCUGUGUGUCUGUCAGACUCUAGCAGUGCUUCCUGAUCAGGACUCGUUCUACGAUGUGACAGAUAGUCUGGAGCAGUUGGGGAUGGAGACCAUCAUCCACAAACACAUGAACAACAAGGGGACAGAACCGGACCUCCGAGCUCAGUUCACCAGCUACGAGACAGCUCUGCGAUAUGAGGACGGUGAGAUUGACUCGUCCCUCCCCGUCCGUAAAGAGAGAAGAAAGAUGGCCGCUGGUGACCAGGAGGGUCGAAAGAGCCGCCGCGUGUCCAGCCAGAACCUGCCGGACCUCCUGUCCUCCUCUGCAGGCUCCUCCCCCUCCACCUCCCCAACGCCUCCUACCUUCCUCUCCCCCUCCACCGCCAACAAACCCCUCUCCCCCGCCAUCUCCUCCGCCUCCUCCCCCAGCCCCACGGCGGGGCUUGGCAGCAGGGCGUCGUCCCCACUGACCUCUGACCUCGGCAGCCCCGCCUCCAGCCCGUCCGGAUCCCAGCGAGGGUCUCCUGUGCCCACCCUCACAGCCGCCAAUGGUACCACGACCACAGAGCUGGAAACCAAGACGCCGACCAGCCCGAGUCGCUCUUUCCUCAGUCAUCACAUGUCCUCUCUGGGUCUCAGUCGGAGGUCCAGACUCUUCUCCAAAGCCAGCUCCAUUUCUGAGGAUCCUCCAGCCUGCAGCUCCUCCUCCUCCUCCUCGGUCCUCCCUCAGCAGCAGAACUCGUCUCAGUCGAACUCGGAUCAGUGGAGCAGGACGGACAGUAGACCCAGCCUGAAUUCUGAUGUAAAUCUGGACAAACCGGUUCUGAGGAAGUUUGAAGACGCCUUCCUGCGCAGCCUGGCGGUCACGCAGUGGGAGAAGAAGAGGAGGAGCAAACACCUGAGCCAGUCCAGGCUGUCCUCGUCUGAUGAUGUCAUAACCCCGAGCCUGCAGCCUGCAGAGGAGGGCGGCGGCGGCGGCGGCUCGUCUGAAGCCGCGGCGUCCAGCGACUCCAACGGACACGCAGACUCCUCCCACAAUGACCCCGCUCCGAUGCAGCGUCAGUGCAGCACGCUGUCCAACGACAGGAAGUUCCUGCUCGAUAUGCUCUACUCCAAAACCUCCACCACGGCGCCGCUGAGCCCGACGGCUGCUGCGCCACCCGACACCACCGAAGAAGAAGGCAGCUUCCUGCCCGGUGGAGAUCUGGGUGGUCGUGGUCGGGUGUUGGAGUGUCUGUCGAGCUUCCGAGCGCGCUCAGUCGAGGCUUCCUGUCCCAGUGAGAGCAGCACCUCCCGCAGGGCGGAGCUGGAGGGGCUGGAAGGCUCCGCCCAGGCGGCGCUGGCCAGGCUGGCUGAAGAACAACAGAACCGGAGCGUCCGGCAGCAGAACAGCAUCGACGUGGAGAGCCACGCCCGGCACUUGGAGACGACCCAGAUGACGCCGCUCGGUCUGGGCGGGCCCGCCGACGCCUGGGAGCAGCUGCAGCCAAGCGCUGCCGCGCUGCGCAUCAAAGACCUCGACUUCUCCGACCUGCUGGACGAGGAGGACAUCGAUGUCCUCGACAUGGACACUUUCGACUCCUCCAGCCGGGCCGCCGCCUGCUUCUCCGGCAUCCCUCCUCCUCCGCCUCCUCCCCCGGGCAUGGCAGGUCCUCCUCCUCCUCCACCUCCUCCCCCUCCACCAGGAGGUGUGGCCCCUCCCCCACCUCCUCCCCCUCCACCAGGAGCUCCUCCUCCACCAUCGUCCAAUCAGAAGCAGAAGAAAAAGACGGUGAAGCUGUUCUGGAAGGAGCUGAAGCAGGCGGACGGGCCGCAGAAGUGUCGCUUUGGUCGGGGGACAGUGUGGGCAUCACUGGACAAGGUGGCGGUGGACACGUCCCGCCUCGAACACCUGUUUGAGUCCAAAGCCAAAGAGCUGCCCAUCGCCAAGAAAGGACCCGAGACGAAGAAGACUGAGAUUCUGGUUCUGGACCCGAAGAGGAGCAAUGCUAUCAACAUUGGAAUGACCGUCCUGCCGGCGGUCCAUGUCAUCAAGACUGCAAUCCUAAACUUUGACGAGUUCGCCAUCAGCAAGGAGGGCAUCGAGAAGAUCCUGACCAUGACCCCAACAGACGAGGAGAAGCAGAAGAUCCAGGAGGCUCAGCUGGCCAAUCCUGACGUUCCUCUGGGCACGGCGGAGCAGUUCCUGUUCAGCCUGGCCUCCAUCAGUGCCCUGACCCCCCGCCUGCAGCUCUGGGCCUUCAAACUCAACUACGAGGCCCUGGAGAAGGAGAUUGCAGAGCCGCUGUUUGACCUGAAGCUGGGCAUGGAGCAGCUGGCGUCCAAUCAGACCUUCAGGAGGAUACUUGCAACGCUGCUCGCCAUCGGGAACUUCCUGAACAGCUCUAACGCUAAAGGCUUCGAGCUGGGUUACCUGGAGAAGGUGGUGGAGGUGAAGGACACGGUUCACCGUCAGUCUCUCCUUCAUCACACCUGCAACCUGGUGGUGGAAAAAUACCCAGAAUGCUCGGACGUGUACUCAGAGAUUCCCGCCAUCACUCGCUCUGCCAAAGUGGACUUUGAGCUGCUGUCGGAGAACCUGGUCCAGCUGGAGAGACGCUGCAAAGCAUCAUGGGACAACCUGAAGGUGGUCGCCAAACAUGAAACCAAGGCGGUCCUGAAGAACAAGAUGACAGACUUCCUGAAGGACUGCACGCAGAGGAUCGUGAUCCUGAAGGUGGUCCACAGGAGGGUCAUCAACAGGUUCCACUCCUUCCUGUUGUUCCUGGGUCAGCCGUCCUCGUCGGUUCGGGACAUUAAGGUCACCAGUUUCUGUCGGAUCAUCAGUGAGUUCGCCCUCGAGUACAGAACCACCAGAGAACGGGUUCUGACCCAGAAACGCAAACGGGCCGCUCACAGAGAGAGAACAAAGACCAGAGGCAAGAUGAUCACCGAGACGGAGAAGUUUUCGGGGGCGGUUCCUCAGGAUAGCCCCUCCCCCGUCUCCAUGGCGGCGGGGGUGGAGCCUGCUCAGGAGGAGGAGCAUGAGAACAUGAAGAAUCUGCUGAUCAGCACCAGCAGCAGCCUGACCGACCCGAGAGGCCUGAGGCGGUCCAGAGCCGUCCGCAGUCUUGGCAGGGUGAGUCCGUCUAUGAUGUCUGUAGCCAAAGAAGACGGGAUGAGCCCUCAGGACGACGCCACAGAUGAAAUCAUGGACCGCCUGGUCAAGUCCGUUACCCAGAAUCCUUCAGACCAACCAGCCAGCCCCAAGACCCGCAAACGGUCCCGGCUCAACAGGAAGUCACUGAGGCGCACUCUGAAGAGCGGGCUCAGUGUGGACGUGGUUCAGGCUCUGGGACUCAACAAGUCCGGAGACAAAGUCUGAGCAGAGACUCGACCAUCGACGGGUCCAUGAUCGAUUACAGAGACCGGACCCGGCCC